UUUUUAAGCUCUUCAUUUUUAUCUCAUUAGGUUCUAAAUAUUGCUCUGAGAGGAAAAUUGAGGUCUGGAGCAACAUUUUUUAGACUAACUUUUUAAAAUAAAUUUAUAACAUUAAUUAAAGUUUUUGGAAAUUUUUUAGAAAUUAAAUAGGUGAUGGAGGUGCAUCAGGCUUAGGUUCUGCUUUAGCAAAGUGCAUUAAUCUCUCCAAUUUGACACUUUAUCUUGGUAACAAUUAAAUAGAUGAUGGAGGUGCAUCAGGCUUAGGUUCUGCUUUAGCAAAGUGCAUUAAUCUCUCCAAUUUGACACUUUGUCUUGGUGAAAAUUAAAUUGGUGAUGGAGGUGCAUCAAGCUUAGGUUCUGCUUUAGCAAAGUGCAUUAAUCUCUCCAAUUUGACACUUAAUCUUAGUAACAAUUAAAUUGGUGAUGGAGGUGCAUCAGGCUUAGGUUCUGCUUUAGCAAAGUGCAUUAAUCUCUCAAAUUUGACACUUAAUCUUGUUAGCAAUUAAAUUGGUGAUGAAGGUAUAUCAGGCUUAGGUUCUGCUUUAGCAAAGUGCAUUAAUCUUACUAGUUUGACACUUUGUCUUAUUGGCAAUUAAAUUGGUGAUGAAGGUACAUCAGGCUUAGGUUCUGCUUUAGCAAAGUGCAUUAAUCUCUCCAAUUUGUCACUUUUUCUUUCUAGCAAUUAAAUUGGUGAUGAAGGUACAUCAGGCUUAGGUUCUGCUUUAGCAAAGUGCAUUAAUCUCUCCAAUUUGUCACUUUUUUUUUCCAAUUAAAUUGGUGAUGGAGGUGCAUCAAGUUUAGGUUCUGCUUUAGCAAAGUGCAUUAAUCUAACUAGUUUGACACUUUGUCUUUUCUCUAUGAAUUAAUAAUCAAAAUUCAAAGUAAAAAGCAAGUGUCUUAAAUUAAAAAGAUUAGUUGUCUUUUUAAAAAAUUUCUGAUGAUAAAUAAGUGGCUUAAAAACGAUGAAUAAAGAUUAAAUGUUUGAAUAAUAUUCUAUAAAAUUUUGAAAAAGUUUUUUAACCUAAAAUAUAAAUAGAUAGAUAUAUAGAUUUUAUUAUUGAUUUUAUAUUUAAAAUUUCAUUCAUAUUUUUGUAAGUAGA